UUUUUAUUCCUGAAAACAAUUUAAAAAAAAAAUUAAUCGAGUUUUGAGAUAUGGACGGCGGGGGAGGUGGCGGAGGCGGCGCCGGAGCUCAGUACAAUCCGCGCACAGUGGAGGAGGUGUUUAGAGAUUUCAAGGGACGGAGAGCUGGCAUGAUCAAAGCUCUCACUUCAGAUGUUGAUGAAUUCUAUCAACUGUGUGAUCCUGAGAAGGAGAAUCUCUGCUUGUAUGGCUUCCCUAGUGAGCAAUGGGAAGUCAACUUACCAGCUGAAGAAGUGCCUCCGGAGCUUCCAGAGCCAGCUUUGGGUAUCAACUUUGCAAGAGAUGGCAUGCAAGAAAAGGACUGGCUGUCUUUAGUUGCUGUCCACAGUGAUGCAUGGCUGCUGGCUGUUGCAUUUUAUUUUGGUGCCAGAUUUGGAUUUGAUAAGGCUGACAGAAAACGACUUUUUAAUAUGAUAAAUGAUCUUCCAACAAUAUUUGAAGUUGUGACUGGUGCUGCAAUGAAACAAGUAAAGGAGAAGACAUCAGUUUCAAAUCAUAGUAGCAACAAAUCCAAGUCAAAUUCCAAACCGCAACGGGGAUCUGAAUCUCAGGGGAAGUACCUGAAGCAAUUGCAGCCGAAAGAUGAAGAUGAUGGCUUGGAUGAUGAAGAUGAAGAUGAGCAUGGUGAAACUUUGUGUGGGGCAUGUGGUGAGAACUAUGCAUCAGAUGAAUUCUGGAUUUGCUGUGACAUCUGCGAAAUAUGGUUCCAUGGGAAGUGUGUGAAAAUCACCCCAGCUAGGGCUGAGCAUAUCAAGCAGUACAAGUGUCCUUCGUGCAGCAACAAGAGAACUCGCCCAUGAUGUAGUCUCUCUCUUGCUCCACAUGCACCUCUUCUCUUUGUAGACUCUGCUAACUUGCCCUGUCCAUCAGUUUCUCUGUUUGCCAGCUCUAUCAGUAGUUCAGCUUGUGAAUGGAUGUGGAUACUUCAGUUUAGGAGAUCUCAGUUUUCAAUAUGGUACUGUUUGGUGUUUAUCAUGUCCAUUUGGUCUCUGUGAUACAUAAUUGUAGUUUAUCUUUCUUAAUACAGUAGCCAAAUCUCUAUCCAAUUGUUAAAAACUUUGGUGGGUCUAGAAUCCAUUUCUUGGUGUUGUAUUGCAUAUUUUCUAUACAAAGCCAACUGGCCCUUCUGCUUUUAUGAAUUA